UAGUCCGUCACACACGUUACGCACCGUCGGAAAAAAAUUCGCAGCGUCGCGUCGUCGAGUGGGAGGGGCUGACGACGGACGGACGCCGUCGGCGGUCGACGUUCGGAGCGGGACGGGGCCCACAGGACGCGCACUGUCCUGGCCGCGGCACAACGAUGUCCGCCGCGUUCCGUGUAAUACUCGCGUGUUGCGCCGCCGGGUGUUGCGUAUGGCGGCGGGCCGCGUGCCUGUCGUCCGAGUCGACGCCGCUGUACCUGCGGAGCGCGUACCCGCUGUGGGAUCCCGAGUCCACGCCGUCCCAUUCGGCCGCCGAGCCGCUGCUGCUCACGCCGUACCUGCGCAACGGCAACAUACUCAGGGCCAAGCAACUGGCCCGGGUGACCGAAGUGUACCGGCCGCAGCGCGUGGUCAGCUACUCCGGUUACUUCACGGUCGACGACCAACACAACUCCAAUCUGUUCUUCUGGUUCUUCCCCGCAACGAGUCUUUACUAUGAAACAAAAGCUCCAUUAAUUUUAUGGCUAGAAGGUGGCCCUGGUGCCAGUGCGGCAUUCAGCGUAUUUAAAGAAAUCGGCCCGUUCAAUUCUUCAUUUGACGGGAAAACCUAUACGAUCGAUGAAAAUCCAUUAUCUUGGCACAAUAACAAUUCAUUACUAUUUAUCGACAGUCCUGUUGGAACAGGAUUUAGUUUCACUGAACAUAUUGACGGUUAUGCAACAAACUUCACGACCGUUGGAGAACAACUUUUAGAAGCUUUAACACAAUUUUACACCAUGUUUCCCGAACAGCGACCAAAUCCGUUCUAUAUUGUUGCUGAAUCAUACGGUGGCAAGUUUGCACUUUCUUUGGCGUCAUUAAUCCACAAUAACAAAACAUUAGCUAAUAUAAAAAUUGAUGGAAUCGCAAUUGGAAAUGGAUUUUUAGAUCCCGAAACAUUAUUGUGUUAUGGAGAUUUUCUAUACCAAAUUGGUUUAGUUGAUAACAAUACAAAACAAGAAAUUAAUAAAUUGGAAUCCCAAGGUAGAAAAGCAAUACACGAUAAACACUUUGUCGAUGCAUUUUAUGCUUGGAGUGGUAUAAUGAGUACGUUUAUCGAGCAAACUCAAUUCCCAAGCUUGUACAAUAUCAUUGACGGCGACACGAUUCCGUGGAAUUCCACAAACACCAUAGGGGACGUUAGCUACAUUGACUUAUUGCAGACGGUCGACAGCCGGAGAGCGCUGCACAUCGGUGAUAUUGAGUAUACUAGUUUGGGCGUGAUCUAUUACAAAAUGAUACCGGACUUCAUGACCUCGGUUAAGGAACACUUGGAACAGCUGGUGACCAGUUAUCCCAUUCUGGUGUAUAAUGGUCAGAUGGACCUGGUCGUGGCAUAUCCGCUGUCCGUCAACUUGUAUUCGAACAUGAAGAGCCCGUACGGAGCUGAUUACAAAAAAGCGAUCAGAAAACCGUGGUAUGUAAAUAAUAAGUUGGCCGGUUACAUAAAAACGGUGGGAAACCUCACGGAAGUGAUGGUGAGAAACGCGGGCCACUUGGUAUCCUGCGACAGACCAGAAAUCUUGUACGAUCUCAUACAUAAAUUUAUUACAAAACGACUCGAUCAAUAAAUGUUCACCUACACAUUAAAAUAAUUUUAAAUACCUACUAAUUAUGUUUAUCGUGGUUACCUAUUUGUUUUUAACAAACCACAUCGACUGUACACUAUAAUUUAUUACAUUAUAUUAUAAUAUAUAUAGCAUUAUAGCUAUAGGUAUUACUACCUAAUUUGACUGUUUUUCUUUUUAUAUACUUAUAUAAACUUUUUCAUUACUGUUACAACUAAAAUAGUCAUUACCCACUAGAUUUUUCCAAAAAUUAAUAUUAACUUUAUGUUAAAAAUUAAAAAAAAAAACACAAAAUAGUUAGAUAAUUAUAACCGGACUAAAUAUUAUCACGUUUGUUGUCGUUAUUCGUCCAUUUAAUAACUGUAGUAAUAAAUAUAAUGACAUUUUUUUAUGAAAAGUGCGUCCUAUAGAUGAUUAUUUUGUAAAGUCUUAAGUUUUUUUUUUUGUAAACCGUCAGUCAUAACCAAAUAAUUUAAUGUUUUUUUUUUUUGUAAUUUAAUUUAAAUAUGAUUAUUUUUUAUUGUAUUAUGAUUAACUUAUUUAAGUAUUACAAUA